AUGGCGAAAGUAUUGAGUCAAGAGUUACCGGACAUCGAGAAUCUGUUGAGGUUAAAUCCUACCGUCAAACCUUACACCAACUUAGUGCCCUCAGCUCAAACUAAAAAGAACAAACAACAUUGGAAACGCAAUGCUGACAGGAAGUGCACGACGUGUCCAUCUCUGGAGAAAAACUUUGACGACAUCAAGCACACGACGCUAUCGGAGCGCGGGGCUCUUCGUGAGGCAGCGAGGUGUCUCAAGUGCGCCGACGCUCCUUGCCAGAAGUCCUGUCCCACACAGAUAGACGUCAAGAGCUUCAUCACCAGCAUCGCCAAUAGGAACUACUACGGUGCAGCUAAAGCCAUCCUUUCUGAUAACCCACUUGGAUUAACCUGUGGCAUGGUGUGCCCUACCAGCGACCUCUGUGUAGGCGGCUGCAAUCUGCACGCCAGCGAGGAAGGUGCUAUUAAUAUUGGUGGUUUGCAACAUUUUGCUGUUGAUAUCUUCAUGAAAAUGGGAAUCCGCCAAACGCUCGACCCCAAAACGAAGCCUCUGCCUACGGGCGGACAUCAUAAGAUUGCUUUAAUUGGAGGAGGCCCUGCCAGCAUCAGUUGCGCUUGUUUUUUGGCUAGGCUGGGCUACAAAGACAUCACUGUUUAUGAAAAAGAAAAAUUCCUUGGUGGAUUAAGUUCAUCCGAGAUUCCUCAAUAUCGUCUACCAUAUGAUGUGGUUCAGUUCGAAGUAAGCCUUGUCAAAGACUUGGGAGUGAAGUUUGUAACGGGGAGGAAGCUGGCUAAGGAUGAUAUUACUGUUGAUGGUCUUUUACAAGAUGGCCAUGCAGCAGUAUUUCUCGGUAUUGGAUUGCCUGAACCUACAAGCAUUCCAAUUUUCAAGGGUCUCACACAGGAAAUGGGCUUCUUCACCAGCAAGGACUUUUUGCCAUUAGUAUCUAAAGGAAGCAAAAAAGGCAUGUGCGCAUGCAAGUCUACGCUCCCGCAGCUGCACGGUAUCGUGGUGGUGCUGGGAGCCGGCGACACAGCUUUCGACUGCGCAACCUCUGCACUGCGUUGCGGCGCGCGUCGAGUCUUCGUCGCCUUCAGAAAGGGCUUCACCAACAUUAGGGCUGUGCCUGAAGAGGUUGAUUUGGCAAAGGAAGAGAAGUGCGAAUUCAUGCCUUUCAUGUCACCCCAGGAGGUGAUAGUUAAAAAUGGCAAGAUUUCAGGCUUGAAAAUGUGCCGCACUGAGCAACUCGAAAACGGGGAUUGGAUUGAAGACACGGACCAAAUGGUACAAUUGAAAACAAAUUUCAUAAUAUCGGCAUUUGGCUCCGGACUGUAUGACAGCGACGUUAAAGCGGCGAUGUCAAGUUUAAAACUAAACCGCUGGGGUCUUCCGGAAGUGGACAAUACAACGAUGCAAAGUCAGAGCAAUCCGAAAGUGUUUAUUGGAGGUGAUUUGGCGGGAGUCGCGGAGACCACAGUUGAAGCGGUCAACGACGGUAAAACCGCUGCGUGGUACAUGCAUUGCUAUUUACAGGGACUGCCCUUCAAUUCUCCAAUAGAAUUACCAAAAUUCCAUUGUCCGAUAGAUGAAGUGGACUUGUCAGUAGAGGUUUGCGGAAUUAAAUUCGAGAAUCCUUUCGGUCUAGCGAGCGCUCCGCCAACCACCAGCUCCGCUAUGAUACGACGCGCCUUCCAACAGGGAUGGGGUUUUGCAGUCACUAAAACGUUUGGACUUGAUAAGGAUCUAGUGACAAACGUUUCUCCGCGCAUCGUUCGCGGCGUUACUUCCGGAGAGAACUACGGACCGGGACAAGGCUCCUUCCUCAACAUCGAGCUGAUCUCCGAAAAGUGCGAGGCGUAUUGGUGUCAGAGCAUCGCGGAACUAAAAAGGGAUUUUCCGAAUAAGGUGGUGAUAGCGUCAAUAAUGUGCUCGUACAACGAGCACGACUGGUGCGAGCUGGCGCGCAGGGCGGAGGCGGCGGGCGCCGACGCGCUCGAGCUCAACCUGUCGUGUCCGCACGGCAUGGGUGAGUCCGGCAUGGGGCUAGCCUGCGGACAGGAUCCUGUUUUGGUAAAAGGAAUAUCGCAAUGGGUGCGAAAAGCGAUCAAGAUUCCUUUCUUUGUCAAACUCACACCUAACAUCACAGAUAUAGUCAAUAUUGCAAUGGCAGCUCAUGAAGGUGGCGCUAGCGGAGUGUCAGCAAUCAAUACCGUCUCAGGACUCAUGUCCGUUAGAGCUGAUGCUACACCUUGGCCAGCUGUUGGUAGCACAAAAUCCACUACCUAUGGUGGAGUAUCCGGAAAUGCAACACGUCCCAUGGGACUCCGUGCUGUUUCCGCUAUCGCUAACAAACUCCCGGGAUUCCCUAUCCUGGGAAUAGGGGGCAUUGAUUCUGCGGAUUCUGCGUUACAGUUCAUUCUGUGCGGGGCUCCUGUUGUCCAGAUCUGCAGUGCAGUUCAGAACCAAGACUUUACUGUAGUGGAAGAUUACAUCACCGGUCUGAAGGCUCUAUUAUAUUUGCGAUCCUUGGGUCUGGACGGCUGGACCGGCCAGUCCCCACCGACGUUCAAACAUCAGAAGGGUAAACCUGUGCAAACGCUCGCAGAUGAAAAUGGCAAAGUGUUAGGUCACUUCGGACCUUACAAGAAAAAGCGGGAAGAAAUUUUAAAUUCAAUCCGGCAAAAAUCAGAUUUACUGAACGGUGAGAAGACUGAUUCUAUGAAAUACAAUGAAGCAAAAGACGCAGUUAACGGACAUCCAGAAGUUCCUAAAAUAAAGGAUGUCUUAGGCGAAGCCUUAUCAAGAAUUGGACCUUAUAAGAAGCUGGAUAACACCAAGCAAGUCGUGGCACUUAUUGAUGAUGAUAUGUGCAUUAACUGCGGCAAGUGUUACAUGGCGUGUGCGGAUUCCGGAUAUCAAGCUAUUAAAUUUGAUCCUGAAACUCACAUACCGCACGUGACUGACGACUGCACCGGUUGCACCCUGUGCCUUUCUGUAUGCCCUAUCAUCGAUUGCAUUACUAUGGUGCCAAAGAAAAUUCCACAUAUAAUCAAAAGAGGCCUGAGAUAUCAAGUUCAUCCAGUGUCGCCUUUGGAUGCAGUAUGCCAAUGA